CCUCGGUCCCAUAACAUCAAAAUGGCUGACAGCUGCAGUGAGAUGGAAGCAGAGAGCGAUACCAGUUCUGUCGAUGGGGGCCCUACAUUAAAGAUUUCGUCCCCAAGCCAACUGGAGCAGCUAGCGAAGAGAGUGGAAUCUCUUCAACAAGAAAACAGAGUGUUGAAAAUCGAGCUGGAGACGUACAAGUUGAAAUGUAAACAGCUGCAGGAAGAAAACCGAGAGUUGCGGAAAGCCAGCGUAUCAAUUCAAGCUCGAGCAGAGCAAGAGGAGGAAUUUAUCAGCAACACCCUCUUGAAAAAGAUACAGAGCCUGAAGAAAGAAAAAGAAACAUUGGCCAUGAACUAUGAGCAAGAAGAAGAAUAUCUGACAAAUGAUCUGUCCAGGAAAUUGAUGCAGUUGCGGCAGGAGAAGGUUGAAUUGGAGCAGACCCUGGAGAAGGAGCAAGAGUAUCAGGUCAACAAACUGAUGAGGAAAAUUGAGAGACUAGAAGCUGACACCCUGUCUAAACAAACUACUCUGGAACAGCUUCGCCGAGAGAAGAUUGAACUUGAAAAUGCUUUGGAACAAGAGCAGGAGGGUCUAGUCAAUCGUUUGUGGAAGAGGAUGGACAAACUGGAAGCAGAGAAGAGGAUGUUACAGCAGAAGUUGGAUCAACCGGUGUCCUCCCCUCCCUCACCAAGGGAUAUCAACAAUGGAGACACUGCCGCCAAUCUCACGCAGCACAUAAAUCGUCUGAGGAGUGAAGUAUCUAGGCUCAGAAAUCAACUAGUCACAGCACAGGCAGAGCAUGUCCAGAAGAUGGCUCAUUAUCAAGAAGAAGAGAGACACAUCAGAGAGGAAAACUUACGUUUACAGAGAAAACUGCAGAUGGAGAUGGAACGCAGGGAGUCUCUGUGCAGACAUCUUUCAGAGAGCGAGUCCAGCCUCGAAAUGGAUGAUGAAAGACAUUUCAAUGAGAUGACAAAGCAGCAUGAACAUCAGCAUGGCAAGCAGGAGGCUGGUGCCCGCCCUAGAACCGUGUCCAGUCCAAUCCCUUACCAGUCUCCUUCACCCAGUAGUGCAAGGCCUAUCUCUCCAGGUCUGGGUCACCUCCCGCCUGCAGUGACCCCCCCUGGGCCCGUGCGGUGUAGAGAGUGCGGCUUUGAAAUGCAACUUGCUCAUUCUUCUCCUUCCCAUUACUCCCACUUUCUGCCAGGGACUUCCCCACCAGUUUUUAGUCACAUUGCCAAUAGAGCCAGACCUGUUCCAGACAAGUUUGCCAAGCCAGCUCCCCCUGCUCAACAAACUCCAGACAAGUCAAACCCAAAAACUUAAACAUAGAUGGAGCCUUGUUCAAGACAAGAUUUUCCAGAUUGUCAUCAGUGCGCAAGAGCUUGAUAUUGUUUGCCUUGUGUAUUGUUUUUGUCUGCCAUGCAGAGGUCAAAUACCAGCAUUAGAGAACUUUAUCAACACGAAGGAAUGUCAAAUCUGUGGCAUAAAACUUGGAUGAAAUAGUACACAUACACACGUGCAAAAUAAUUAAAAUUUGAAGAUUUGUUGUUGUCAUUGUCUGACAUGCUUGGCUUUUGUGAAGUGACUUGGCAUCCUUAAUAUCAUUGCCAAGCUUCUGUUGCUGAAAGUGUACUAAAAUCAGAUGAAGCCAUCAUUGACUUAGUAACUGUGCACAGAUUAUACAAGAGUAAAAGCAAGUUGUUGACAUUUUGGAUUUGACAUUCAGUGAAACACUUCAGAUGUUAAUAUCUUUAUUUUUACUAGUGUACAAUGUUAAGUUCUACUUUUCUCAGAGCUAAAUUGUCUGUACAUUAUUUGAAGAGUGCACCUUAGCCUAGCCCAUAUUUUCCAAUUUUGUUGUGAAAAUAAAUUAUGUCCAGCUAUACUUCAAAGCAGGUGAUGGGCUUCCUUAAUUAAAGGGAAAACAUGCUUCAUUGCAAAGCAUUUUUAAAGAAUCUGUGAGUUGGAAUACUUACAGGAAGUGAGACACUUAUUUUGAAAAUCUGGUGAGCAUUGUAUACAAGCAGUGUACCAGAAUUUACUUUAGAAUUAUUCACUUUAGUAAAGUAAAAAAAGGAUCCACUAUUUGAAUUUGUAAGAUAGCAUUGUUAUGAGUUGCAAAAUGGAUUCUAGUCCUUUAUUUAUUUAUUUAUUUAUUUAUUUAUUUAUUUUUGCAGAAAAGAUUAUUGAUAUAAGUUGCCAAGUCGUGUAUUUUGGUUGUGAAUUACAAGGCCCAUAUAAGUGAUAUUUGUUAUGUUUUAAAUGGGGAUGCUGCUUCAUGCAUUUCAAUACAUAUGCCAUUGCCUUAAAUAUAUGCCUCAGCUUUAAUUUCUUAAAUAACAUGAUUUAAUUUGUUUUAUAGUUGAGGUAAAUAUUUGUUUCCUGGUGUUGAUGUUCCAUGUAAUAGACUACACAUUUAAAUGGAUAAUUAUAGUUUUUUUUUGUGCUCUAUCAGACGUUCCUGCUGUUUAAGUUUUCUUCUACAUAGCUCAUUCUCUUUUUCUUUUUGUGCUGAUCAGUGACGGAUUACUUAUAAUUAUAUAAAAAUGGAAAACGAGCAAGAUGCUCUGUUUAAGGUAGUUUACAGCCUGUGAUAUUUAUGACACAUGACAGUUAAUGAUCAAAGGCAAUGUUUAGAUUUUAACAUAUACUUAAUUUUCAAACAUUAAUUCCCUUU